AUGGCAAAAGAAACUGAUGAAAGUGUUUACCAGCCUCGCUAUCUUAAAUGUGGCGUAUGUUUGAUCAUCAAUCUAAUAUCUGUCAUACAAAGAAGAAAGGACCAUCGUGUUGUCCAUAGUUACCUCCUGUCAUUACACACACUGUUACCUUUCCUGACGAGGUAUGAUGAUAUUCCUAACAUUGCCGAUAGGAAUUCGGAAAGAGCAACUUCAAAGUCUAAGCAGCACGUCUUUGGAAACCAUAUUGAGGAUUAUGACGAGAUUGGAAUUGUCACUAGAAGAUCAAAAUUGAAGUCAAUGGGAGAACUAGAUCUCAAACGCAUUUCUGAAGUUGAUGAUUCCAAGAAAGAUAUGACGUCACAAGAGGAGACGUCAGAAGACAGAAGUACGGUGUACUCCCUACAGAAAGAGGUGUUUAGCAGUGACCUGUGACGAUAAGACGCAUAAUGAAUUAGACAACUAUGAACAGACCAUUUGUCUUUAAUUUGUGUUGGCAUACUCCAUGUAAUAAAAAGACAAUUAUUUUGUUCGUAAACCCACAAAAU